AUGUCCCAGCCAAGCCGGCACCACCACCACCACCACCCCCACCUCCCGCCGCUCGCCGUCGCCGUGGCCGUCGCGGCCGCGCUGUCCCUGCUCCCCCCGCCGUCCGCCGCCGACCCGUACGACGAGGUGUGCCUGACGAGCCUCCAGCAGUCCCUCUCCCUGCGCAACUGGACGAAAUCCUCCUUCGCCGCCCCCUGCGACGGCUUCAUCUCCAAGCUGCAGGGCGUGACCUGCAACAACGGGCGCGUCUACAAGCUCGCCCUGCCGGGCCUCUCCCUGGCGGGCGCCAUCCCGGCGGAGCUCUCCAACUGCACCAACCUCCAGUCGCUGGACCUCUCCUCCAACGCGCUGUCGGGCGCCAUCCCGCCGGAGCUCUCCAAGCUGCUCAACCUGGCCGUGCUCAACCUCUCCGCCAACGCGCUGUCGGGCGCCAUCCCGCGGGAGCUCGCCGGCUGCGCCUACCUCAACGUCAUAGAUCUCCACGCCAACCAGCUCUCCGGCCCCAUCCCGGACGAGCUGGGCCUCCUGGUGCGGCUCUCCGCCUUCGACGUCUCUUACAACCGCCUCUCCGGCCCCGUCCCGGUCCUCCUCGCCAACCGCAGCGCCGGCACUGGGGCGGCGGCCGCGGGCGGGACGGCGGCCAGGUUCAACGCCAGCUCGUUCGCCGGGAACAAGGACCUGUACGGGUUCCCGCUGCCGCCUCAGCGCGGCCACGGGCUGUCCGUGCUCACCAUCGUCGGCAUCGGCCUCGGCAGCGGCCUGCUCAGCCUCGUGCUCAGCUUCUCCGCCGUCUGCAUCUGGCUCCGCUCCACCGACCGCACCGCCACCGCGCCCGGCGAGGAGGGCAAGAUCUCGCACACCAUGCCCGCCUACUGAAGCUGAACUCGCCGACCAAAUCAUGCUGAAUUGCUGACGCCUCUGGGUGGUACUGUCGCGGAUGGAACUAACUCCUUGCACUCAUGAUUGAUUUG